AUGUCCGCCGCUUCCACCACCACGGGCACCACCCGCCUCAUCCUCCCGCGCCCUUCAGUCCCGUUCCGCUCCCUCCUCCUCUCCCGCCGCCGGGGCCGCCUCCGCCGCGCGUUCCACGGCAACGCCGUCGCCGCUGGCGGAGGAGGAGGCAGCGGGACCGGUGAGGGCGCUGCGAAGGAGCCGCCGCGGACGCUGUUCCCCGGCGGGUUCAAGCGGCCGGAGAUCCAGGUGCCAGCACUCGUCCUACGCGUCGGCGCCGAGGAGGCGCUGCGGUGCGGGGAUGAGGUGGCCGCCGCCGUGUCCCGGGGCGUGGGGAUCGUCGUGCUCGAGGCCGGAGAGGAGGGCGGUGGGCGAGCCUACGAGGCCGCUCGCGCGCUCCGGGCCACGGUCGGGGACCGCGCGUACCUACUGAUCGCGGAGCGCGUCGACGUCGCCUCCGCAGUCGGGGCGAGCGGCGUCGUGCUCGCCGACGACGGUAUUCCUGCUAUUGUCGCGAGGAGUAUGAUGAUGAAAUCAAAUGCUGACUCCAUAUAUCUCCCUAUUGUUGCUAGAAGGAUACAAUCUGCAAACUCUGCAAUAAGCGCUUCAAGUUCUGAAGGGGCUGAUUUUCUGAUUGUGAAUACUGGCGGUGGUGAUUUUAUGGAUGUGAUGAAUGGUGGUGUUGGUCAGCAUGUGAAGAUUCCGAUUUUCUUCACGUUGAAUCAUUUGAGUGAAGGAACUUAUUCUGACUUCACAUCCAGGUUGCUCCAAUCUGGUGCAUCUGGAGUUGUUGCAUCCUUAGCUGGUAUGCAACUCCUCACUGAUGAUCUUAUAAAAAAGGACUUCUCAAAAGUGGACUCAGCUGAGGAAGUCCCACGAGCGAGUUACUCUUCUGCUGGGAUGUUGGAAGAUGUUAAUAAUGUAAUGGUCCUAACUCGUGAUCGCGAGAAGACUAAAGUUGCUGGAUUUACAAAAUUGGAUGAAAAAGUGAUACAGUUGAUAGAAAUAGAGAAGCCUAUUCUUAACGAAGCUAUUGCUAUUAUCCGCAAGGCAGCACCAAUGAUGGAGGAGGUUGAGCUUCUAGUGGAUGCUGCUUCUCGCCUGAGUGAGCCAUUUUUGUUGGUUACUGUGGGUGAAUUUAACUCAGGAAAGUCAACUUUUAUAAAUGCUUUACUUGGAAGGCAGUAUCUUCAGGAAGGAGUUGUGCCUACGACAAAUGAGAUCACACUACUAUCAUAUUCUGAGAUGGAAUCUGAAAGCUUUGAACGAUGUGAGAGGCAUCCAGAUGGUCAAUUCAUGUGCUAUUUAUCUGUUCCAAUUUUAAAGGAAAUGAAUCUAGUUGAUACACCUGGAACAAAUGUUAUUCUUCAGAGGCAGCAACGACUCACUGAAGAAUAUGUGCCACGAGCUGAUUUGAUACUCUUUAUCCUAUCAUCGGAUAGACCAUUAACUGAAAGUGAGGUUGGGUUUCUUCAGUAUGUCCAGCAGUGGAAGAAGAAAGUUGUAUUUGUUCUGAACAAAUUGGACCUCUAUCGGAACAGCAAUGAGCUUGAAGAAGCUUCUGCAUUUGUCAAGGAAAAUGCAAUGAAAUUGCUUAAUGCAGAGGACGUAACACUGUUUCCUGUAUCUUCACGCUCUGCUCUGGAAGCCAAGCUUUCAUAUUCCAAAAACAGUGACGGAAAGCAUUCGAGGGAAGCUAUGUUUAGUGAUCCUAGAUGGAGAAGCAGCAAAUUUUGUGAACUUGAGGAUUACUUACUGAGUUUCUUAGAUAGUUCAACGGAAAAUGGAAAAGAGAGGGUCCGGCUGAAACUUGAAACACCAAUAGGCAUUGCAGAUCGUUUGUUAACUUCAUGUCAAAGACUCGUGAAACUAGAAUAUGAAAAGGCUGUUGAAGACUUAACAUCCAUCAAGGAUCUUGUUUAUGGUGCAAACAAUUAUGCCAUCAAACUUGAGUCCGAUAGCAAUUCUUGGCAGAACCAGAUUUCAUCUCUUAUUGAGAGAGCAAAAGGUCGAGCAGUUAAACUCAUGGAAUCUACACUUCAGCUGUCAAAUAUUGACCUUAUUUUUACAUACACGGUCAAAGGAAAAACAGGCAGUUCCACGAGAGCCACAUCAUUUGUUCAGGAUGAUAUUCUGAGUCCAACCCUUGAUGAUGCUGUGAAUUUACUAGGUGACUACUCGACAUGGUUGAGUUCUAGCAAUGCCCGUGAAGCAAAAGUUUAUUUGGAGUGUUUCUGUGAAAGAUGGGAUGCACUGGUUGCUCCGGAAGAAAGGGUUCUGUUAGAUCCAAAUGGGCUUGUUAAUGAAAGUAAGAAACUCACCGCAAAGGCACUGGAUGGCUUCAAUGCCAGUGCUGCUGCCAAGGUUUUUGAAGAGGAAAUCCGAGAAGUGGCUUUUGGAACAUUUGGAGGGCUAGGUAUUGCCGGACUGUCAGCUUCUCUUUUGACAUCUGUUUUGUCAACUACUCUUGAAGAUCUUCUUGCUCUUGCUCUUUGCUCAGCUGGCGGGUUUUUUGUUUUAUCAAGUUUCCCUGGUCGACGGAAGCUUGCAAUAGAGAAGGUUAACAAGGCUGCUGAUGAACUCUCUCGAAAAGUUGAUGAAGCUAUCCAAAAGGAUAUCUCACAGAGUGCUACUAACCUAAUCCGCUUUGUUGAGGUUAUCAGCAAACCUUACCAGGAAGCAUGUCAGCGAAAAAUAGAUUGGUUACAGGGGGUUCAGGGUGAGCUAUCGGCUGUCGAGCGUAAGCUCCAAACUUUGAAAGUUGAAAUCCAAAAUCUUCAUGGAUCGUGA